ACCAAUCAGAACGAACGUAACAACUCGAAGUCAGUUUAUUCUUUCAGAGGCAUUUAAAAAUGUCUGAAUUGCUUGAAUGAGGUUCCCAGACAAUGUUUACAUUCCUUCUUCCCUCAUGUUUCUCUCCUCCACCCGUCUCAACCUGACUCAGUCGCAUUGACCAAGACAAUCAUGAGGUUCAAUAGCAAAGCACUUGCAAGUCUUUCUUUGCAGACCAACAUGAAAUUUGAUAAAGAAGGUAUUGUAUGGAUGAAAGACAAGCAAGAUGGACUUUUUAAGAAAGGAGAAGCUUUUGUGGAAAGAUUCUGCAGACUAAAGGGGAAUAUGCUGUUUUAUUUCAAGAGUAAAGAGUUCACAAACACAGAUCCAUUGGGUGUGUUGAUUAUUGAAAGAUGUACAGUAGAAUUAGACACAGAUGAUGAAAACUUACAUGGAUUUAUGCUAGUGUAUGAAGGAGAUGAGAAUCCUGUCCAUUUUGCCACACGCACAGAAGAACAGAGAGAUCAGUGGAUUCAGACAUUGCAUAUUGCGAGUUAUGAGUGUCUCAAAAUGCAGCUGCAAAGUUUACGCGAACAGUUGGUUAGCAAAACAGGUCAUGAUCCACUUGAUAGAAUGCCUCAACAAGAUACAUGCUCCACCAACACUCCAGAUCUUUCUGGUGAAGAACCAUGUGUUGAGAUAUGUAUUGCUGCUAAAGACUUACCCAAUGAUCGGACCGGACAACCUCCGAACCCUUUUGUCAUGAUAACGACAAUCACACCACCUCAACAGAACUGGACCUUAAACAGCCACACUGAAAUCAUUGAGAGAAGCAAUGAUCCACAGUUUCUGAAGACCAUUGGUUUUGGGAUGAACAUCAAACUGAAAACACGAGUAAAGUUUACUGUUUAUCAUGUCAACGAAAGGAUGACCAAUACCAUGUCACAGUUGGGUUAUGUGAUGUUUGAUCUGAAGUCACUUCUGGCGAAACCUGAUAAAAAAUUACAUUUACCAUUAAUGUCUCCUGAUUCUUCUGCUGCUGGUCAAAUACAAAUUACUGCUUGGGUCCACGAUGAAUCCAUUCUCAUUGAAGAUAAUUCCAGGGGUUCUGUUAGUUAUGGAGAAAAAUUGCAGAAUCGGGGUUUGGGUAACUUGAAAAUCAUGUUCUCUAACCCGAUCAAGAAGACAUUUCGGUUUGACACGAACAAAGCAAGAAUGCAGUUGUUUGUCCAAGAAGUGAUGGCAGAGUUUAAGUGGAACUACACACUCCCACUCCAGCUGCUGAAGCUCUUCAUUGAAGAAGAACGGGAGAGAAUUAAUAUGCUCCAAGACCUUGGUGAGCUGCCCAUUACUCUAGAAAGCCAACAGCAAGCCUGGAUCUUGGCCAUAGCCAUUUCGACCGGCCUUUACACCGAAGCUGUCGACCAACUGGUGUGCCGGGCCAUACCAGGGGAAGUAACUGCAGAAUCGUUGUUCAAAGCAAGCAGUAUCAAGGCUGACAAGGAGUAUGAGUUUGUGCCCAUCAAUCUUCACUUACAGAGAAUGCAACUAAUUGAUGAGAAUACCAAUACAACUUGUUGUUAUGACUGCAUUACUCAUGGUUCUCUGGCAGCUUUCUCCCAAAAAUUCAAAUGUGGUGGACUUCUACGUAUUCUUGAGGAUCUACGAGAGAUGCGUGCUCCAGAGGGUUGCCAUGGCAAGCAGUCAAAACUUGACAGAGCCUGCCAUUUGCUGAACUGCUUGGCAUCUCUGAAACAUGCUGUCCAUUUCCGGUGUUCGCGGCUGUGCCGUGUUGCAAUGCAAGGUACUGCAGCUGAACUGAAAGAAGCAAUGGAACAACUAAAUCUGCAGGUGAAUACGAUUAAUACCAAUUCACUUGGCACUUAUCAUUUGGUUCAUCAGACUGCCGUCCAUAGUAGCAAUGAAGGCAAGGUUAAGGAUGACAUCACAUCAAGGGAACAACAACCUGAAAAUUCCAUAAAUAAAAAUUUCUAUGAUCUCCUGACCAAAUUUUUUUUCUAUCUCAUUAUGUUUCUUUAUCUCAUUUCUGACUUUCUCUUUCUCAUCUCCCUUGUCUAUUUAUCUGUGGUUGUUUUCUUAUUACCACAGGACAUGUCUUGUGUGAAUACGGAGGCUGCCACAAUGUGUCUGAUGUCGCUUGUGGACGAUUUGAUCCAGAAUAAGAACAACCCCAUGGACAUACCAAAGUGGCUGAGUGAAAUCAGCCCACGGGUGAUUGAACUUCAGAAAUUUAUUGAGAUACUCUUCAAACGAGCGAAUCUGUCUCUAACAUUCUUACUACUGCUGGAAAACCGAGAACAUGUCCCCUUGUUGCAGACAAUAAAGUAUCGACGAGAUAUAUCAUUCAGUCACGCAGUAACCGUAGCAACUGCUGGCUUUAUUUCCAAGAUCUAUGAGAACCUGGAGAAUGCCCAGUUUCUGGAACAGCUCUACAAAGUUGGGGUUCUGCUGCAUUUUGAAGGUCUAGUGAGCUGCCAUGCUGAGGAGAUGGGCAUCAUUGAAGAUAUGUCGGUUGCCGUCGAAGAUCUUGCCAGCAUCAAGUUCAAACUGACACGCAAAGAUGAGGUUCAAGAAUUACAACCAUCACUUCAACUUACCGAUUUUGUAAAAGAGGGCAGGUAUCCUGAUAUGAACAGACACUCAGUGGUGGUUUGUAUUCCCUUGUUGAGCCACAUGUUUGACAAACUUCCCAGCAAACUGCAAAGUGGCCACCACAUCAAUGUCUCAACAUCCUACUUCAAUAUUGGAAUUAAUGAACUUGCUACCUUAGCAGAAAAAUUUGGAAGUACUGCCCUCCAAGACGAUAUUAAUAAAAUGGGUUUCAAAAAGAUGAAUGACUACUUUGAGGCUUACAGUAAAGCUUGUGGAGAUCCAGACAGUGAUCUGAGUGGUACAGUGGCUGGCAGAACAACAGAACUGAUCCGGCAGUUACAGUACAAUGUGUUGUCAAAGAAGAGUAAGAAUGUGGACAUCUUACAUAUUUCUUCCGAGAUUACUCGCAAAUUAAACGGAGUGCGCUUCAUUUGCUGUAAGAGUGGUAAAGAUCGGACCAGCAUGUCGGCCACCCUGGAACAGGUUCAACUCCUCCAACGGGAACACAACCUUGCUCCUCAUGUGUUUAUGCAGGCUUUGGACUGCUUCCGAAGUGAAGGAACACGGCGGGAAAACACUCUGAAGAACGUCGGUGUGCGAAAGUACAAUUUCAACUCCUUACAGAUGCUUUCAAUACCCAGGUUGUACAGGGCACCGAGAGGGACUUAUGGAAAUACUUAAUGAAAAGGAAAAUCCUCAAUAAAUAUUGUCUGAAUAUACGUGCAUUGUAUGUACAUGUAUUGAUAUGUAUGUAGAUGUGUGUGCGUGCAUGUGUGUGUGUGUGUGUGUGUGUGUGUGUAUGUAUAAAUA